AUGUCUCCUUUUGCGGACUCCUUGGAGCCAACGAUCCCGUCUCGCAUCGGUGCUGGCAGCUUCGCCACUGUCUUCGCCGCCCCGGGCCACCCUGUCGUUUUCAAAGUCGUCCACGUACAGGAACACGCUGCUCAGAUCCUGGCCGAAUACGAAGUCCUCCACUGUGUCUAUGGCCUCCGCAAUUCCGACUCCAUUUUCGCCCUCCCUCGCGCGCUCGCCUUCUAUGACCCCGAGACGGAUGACCUCCGCUACCAUCCGCCCUCGCCGAAUGUAGGACGUCCUCCAAAGACGGUCUUGCCUGAAACCUCUAUCCCCCUUUUGUGCCGUCUCUACCUCGGGGAGUUGCGCCCCUCCCCAUUCGUCAAGACCAGCAACUUCCCCAUCGACGUCGCAAGCUAUGGUCUCUUGGUGGAUAACUUUCCCGAAGACCUUCUUCCGCUAGAAGUAGUCGCGCAAGGCAUCGGCGAAAUGCUCUCGAGAAUCCACUGGACGGCCGGCUACGACGCCCGCGAUAUCGAGUUCGUGAUGGGAGGCGACGCGCAUUUCUAUCGCACUCACUCGUAUGUGCCCUUUCUCAUGUUUUUGAAGAUGCGCGCGUUCGACAAGGACCGGGACGACGUGGCCCUGCUGGCUGACGCGUUCUUCUCCAACGACCCUUACUACCCACGGCCUACACCUGGAGACCAAUUGUACGAGGAGUUCAAACGAUCGUACGUCGGUUCCUGCCCAGCGAAGCACCUGGCAAGAGCGGAGUGUUUUUUCGGCGCGAUCGAGGACCGCCAGGCGGCGAACAGGGCGGCGACCCAGCGCAGUUGCCUCGCUUAA